AUGGUGGCCGACUCUCGACCUCUUCUUGACGUGCCAACUUCCUCCAGAGGCAGAACAGCCGGCUGCAGGACAGUGGCAGUGGGUCUGCUUCUGAUGUGCGGCAUCGCGAUUCUUAGCGAACCACGUCGAGUCAGCGCCCCAAGGGAAUCGCAGGCAACAGAGGCUACAAUGCUUGCUGCCCAACAUGACCAAAGCUCAGGGCCAGGCUCCUGGGCAGAUUGGUGGAAUUCAGUGAAGGAGGUCGCCUCUGACAAGCUUGAUGAAGCCGAACAAGUGAGGGAGCGCGUUGCUCAGACUGCGUCGCCAGAAGCAAAGAUGGCUGAGGACUGGCUCGACAAGAAGGCAGCGCAGGUUGAGAAGACGAAUUGGACCCAGGUUUCUAAGAAUGUUUCACAAAAAGCGAAGAUUGCAGAGGACUGGCUUCACAAGAAAGCAGAGCAGGUUGAGAAGACGAAUUGGAGCCAGGUUUCUCAGAAUGUGUCGCAAAAAGCAAAGAUUGCUGAGGACUGGCUUCACAAGAAAGCAGAGCAGGUUGAGAGGACGAAUUGGACUCAGGUUUCUACGAAUGCGUCACGAAAAGCAAAGAUGGCUGAGGACUGGCUUGACAAGCAAACAGAGCAGGUUGAGAAGACGAAUUGGAGCCAGGUUUCUAAGAAUGUGUCGCAGAACGCAAAGAUGGCUGAGGGCGGGCUUCACAAGACAGCAGAGCAGGUUCAGAAGACGAAUUGGACCCAUGUUCAAGGCGCCAUGUCCAAUGACACGCACCGCUUUCUGCAGAAUUCCGAGGAGGCUCGCAAGCAUCCGGAACGCCUCUGGCACCAUGUGGAAGGGCUGACAGUAGCUCAGACGGAACGCUUGCGCGAUGACAUCAGCACUUACAAAGCCCGGGUACAACAUCCGCAAGACGGGGAUAUCCAAGUUGAUUGGAGCUGUGCCGACAAGGUCUUGGUUGGCGCCGGACUGAUAGCCGGGGCGACGCAGGUCAGAGUAUUCGAGCUUGUUCCCGCUUUUUUCGGGAUCUUGGGAUUUGCAGCUGAAGGAGUCACAGCUGAGUCCCUCGCGGCAAAAUGGCAAAGCUCUAUUGGAAACGUCGAGAAGGGCAGCCUGUUUGCCAUCCUCCAAUCCAUAGCCAUGGCUGGAAUAUCCGACGAGAGCUAUGUCUUGGUGCAAGCUACUGCCGCGGACGUCGGCAUAAGCUCCGCCGUUCCCAUCCUGGAAAAGGUGUGCAAUCCACAGGAAAUCCACGUCAUCGGCUCCGGCGAUCCAGAGACCGCUAGCCAAAGAACUUCAUCAUGCGGCUUGGUUAUUUUGGGUAUGAAGUGUCGGGUUUAG